UUACGGAUCUGUGUGGGAAGACGAUGAAGCUGGCCGCUACCGAGAUGAAGUCUGCAGUUCUGUUGGAAUGCAACAGACUCGACGAGUCACUGCGGGACUGCAAGUGGACCGUGACCACCGCCGUGGCGAACCAGUCAGUCGUCAUCAGUUACAUCUCUCACAGCCUUCGCACCAGCCUCUUUUCCGAGAUAUGCAUCGACUAUGUGAAGGUCAGCCGUGGAAAUCACACGUCUGUCAGGGUCUGCGGCAACAUGAAGAACGUUGAGGUGCACCAGAACAGCGUGAACUUCACGCUUCACCUGAAUCCUACUUGGGCGAUGGAGAUGAGGGGCACUGCUGUGUCACUCUACGUCACAGCUGGCUCUCUCCCCAGCUCCAUGGGAAAAUGCGGAAAUGGCUCGUUCUUCUGCGCCACGUCCGGGAUUUGCAUCUGGGAAGGCUUCAUAUGCGACAGAGUCGCCAACUGUCUGGACCACGACGACGAGCACUGGUUCUACGGAAGCACAUGCGUAAUGCCAAUGCUGGCACUCGAGCUCAUCAUCUUCGGUCUGGGAAUGCUUUUCGUGACCAUGCUGGCGUUUUGCGCGCUUCUUCGGGACAUCAUGAAGGACUACAAGAUGGCCUCUGUGCACAUGGAAGGGGACCCCGUGUCUAAGCGCGACCUCAUGCAAGCCAAGCGACUCGAGGCGGCCCAAUUCGACCUGUUGGCGUCAGACGAACUGGACCGCGCGUCCUCUGCGACGGCAACACUGAAACCCAGAGGUCCAUCGAGCGCUGCCUCUUCGAUGGGGACGCCCAGUCCCGGUCGUGCCAACGUCAGCUUUGCCGGAGGCGGCGAUAAGUGCCCGGGCGAAGACACCGAGCUCGAUAGGCGCUCGCUGUCCAAGUGCAAGCGUAGAUUCUCCGUUGUCGCCAGGUUGACGCAUGCGUCUGUCGCCGAUGAUUAACGGAAUUGAGGGAUAGAAAACUGCGUAGUGGGUGUACGGACGACCUCAGUGGGUGAAGAGAACUCGUCGGUGGGAUGUGGAAUAUGCUACGGUUUUGUUUGGUGAUAGAGAAAGAAUACAGUUCGCAGGUGCAAAGUUCUAAGCAGUGACAGGCUCGGGCAACACUGUGGAGGUUUG